AUGGGCGAUCCCAGCGCUUCACAGGACCCCGAACGCUUGUCGCGACACGCCACUCGUCGGUCUGCCGCGACGUCUGCGAGGAAAUCAAGAUGGUGGCGCAUACACUUCUUCCGAGGCAUGAUUCACGACAUUAAGAGGAGAGCUCCGUUCUUUAUAAGUGAUUGGACCGACGCGUGGGACUAUCGAGUGGUUCCGGCGACAGUUUAUAUGUUCUUUGCCAACAUCCUGCCGGCCCUGGCCUUCUCGUUGGAUAUGUUUGAAAAAACCCACCAGAACUAUGGCGUGAACGAAGUCCUGCUCGCAUCGGUGCUUGGAGCAGUGGUGUUUUCCUUGUUCGCUGCCCAGCCGCUUGUCAUUGUCGGUGUCACUGGUCCGAUCACGGUCUUCAACUACACGGUUUAUGAUAUCAUCGCACCGCGAGGCACCAAUUACCUGGGCUUCAUGGCAUGGAUAGGCAUAUGGUCACUCAUUAUGCACUGGAUCAUCGCCAUUACCAAUAUGUGCAAUGGAUUGACAUACGUCACUCGAUUCUCAUGCGACAUUUUCGGGUUCUAUGUAGCGUUCGUCUAUCUCCAGAAGGGAAUCCAGGUCCUCACCCGACAAUGGGGUUCAGACGGGGAGACGUCCGCAUAUCUCAGCAUCAUGGUGGCAUUGCUAGUUCUCAUGAGCGGUUGGGUCUGUGGUGAAAUCGGCAAAAGCAGCCUCUUCCAUCGCUGGGUUCGAAAGUUCAUCGAGGACUACGGCACCGUACUGACCAUCGUCUUCUUCACGGGCUUUGUUCACUUCGGACAUAUGCGUGACGUGAGCGUCUCGACUCUCCCGAUCAGCAAAUCCUUCUUUCCCACAGCGGACCGUGGUUGGCUGGUGCGCUUCUGGGAUCUCAGCGUCGGCGAUAUCUUCCUCGCUAUCCCAUUCGCCUUGCUGUUGACGAUCUUGUUUUACUUUGACCACAACGUCUCCUCGCUCAUCGCACAAGGCAGCGAAUUUCCCCUACGGAAACCCGCCGGAUUCCACUGGGACAUGUUCCUCCUGGGGAUCACAACAGGAGUGGCAGGAAUCCUGGGCCUUCCCGCGCCGAACGGACUGAUCCCACAAGCGCCCUUCCACACCGCGUCGCUAUGCGUCACGCGACACGUCACGGACGAGAACGAAGAAAACAAGGGCAAAGUGGUGCGAGUGAUAGACCACGUCGUCGAACAGCGGUUCAGCAAUCUCGCACAGGGAAUAAUGACCCUCGGCACCAUCGUCUUAGCCGGGCUCUUCUUCGUCAUGGGCGUCCAGGCCCUGGAGGGAAACGGUAUCACCCAGAAGCUGAUCUUCCUAGCCCAGGAACACGGGUUCACUGCUUCAUCGCAUCCGCUGAAGCGUUUGGAACGCCGCUGGUCCAUCUGGCUGUUUGUCAUUAUUGAACUGAUUGGUUUCGGUGGCACCUUUGCCAUCACCCAGACUAUCGCUGCUAUUGGGUUCCCUGUUAUUAUCUUGUUGCUUAUUCCCGUCCGCGCCUUCUUGUUCCCGUGGGUUUUCUCCCCAGAGGAACUUAACGCGCUGGACGCUCCCACGGCUAGUCCGUUUACUAUGGAGAGUGUGGGUGGCGUGCAUGGCUACGAUGAGGAAUUACCGACCGUGUAUGAUCACCCGGAUAUGAGGGAUGAGAAGGGACCCACCGGGGGCAGCAGUAGUGGGAGACCGGGAAAUUCAUCCCAGGGCCAGGGCGAGAGCGACCUCGAACGAGGCGAUUUCUUCGAGCCACAGGACGAUUCCGCCGCCCGGAGACGAAAAAAUGAAUCCUUUGUUUAA